AUGCAAUUUGGCACAAUUGUUUUCAUUGUUCUCAAUCUUAUAUUGAGUUCAAAUGCUGGCGAUCUGUAUCCGAGUUAUAAUUUAUCAAUUGAUCCUAUGAAAGUAUUUGAAUGGUCGGAUAGUCCUGCACUUGCUUACAUAACAACUGUUCGACUAUUUGAUUAUGAUCAUCAUAUAUUUCAAUAUAGACGUUAUCCAUGUCAAUAUUUUUAUACUGAUGAAAUUCAAUUAUUUUUGAAUAAUGAAACAAUAAAUCAAUGUUUAUAUAAUACAACAAACAAUGAUUAUGAAUAUGGUUUUCAACUUCAUUUUGAUUCACGUCAUGUUGAACCAUAUAUUUUACGAAAUAUGGCUAUUCAAUGUAAUUAUAUUAAUUGCAGUCUUUCAUUAUUAAACAUAACAUAUAUACAUAUUGGCUGGAAUUUUAAAGGUAGAGAGAAUAAUCCUGAUUGUUCAUUUAAUAUUGAUCAGCCAUAUAAUAUUAUGCGUACACCAUAUACUGUAUCAGAAUUGAUUACACUUCGAUGUAAAUCAUUAUCUGCAUGCAAUCAUUCAAAAUCAAAUAUAGAACAAUUUCUUCCAUUAUAUGUUCGAUUAAUCUAUGGUUCAUCUUACGAACUUCAAGUACCUUAUUGUUCAUUGGAAAAAAGUCUUAGUCAUGUUAUGAAUACAAAUUUUGCACAAACAAAUCGUCUCUUACAACAAAUAAUUGAAAUUAUACAACGAGCUUCUGACAAAACAGAUGGAAGUGAACAAGAAAAAAUAAAAGAAUCUGUUCAACAUGUUUUAUCUACAAAAAAUGAAACCGUGAAUAGCUGA